AUGGAGAACGCUAGGCUCAGUGGCCCAUAUGGAGAUUGGCGAGACGACCUUCACAAUCAAGGCUAUGCGAUCAUCAAGAAUGCCAUCGACCCAGAAACGGCCCUGGGAUAUCAGCGCAAAGCCCUAGACUGGCUCACGUCUUUCAACACCGCCCUCGACCUGGAUGAUCCUUCCACCUGGACCAGAGAUAAUUUGCCUGUCCAAAGCAAAAUCAAUACAUUCAAUGGGUAUUGUGUCACUCAUGAGAAAUUUAUGUGGGACGCUCGCAUGGAGCCCAAGAUAUUAGAUGCAUUCGCCAAGAUCUGGGGCACCGACGAACUACUCGUCUCGUUUGACGCGCUAAAUAUCACUCUGCCAAAUCGAGCAGACAAACCGGCUCAGAAACCAUGGCCCCACGUGGAUCAAUCCCCGAUGCGUCGCGGGCUCCACUGUGUCCAAGGGGUUAUCAAUCUCAGCCAUGCGGGUCCCGAAGAUGGAUCCCUUAUGGUGUACCCGAGAUCGAACAGAGCCACCGAGGGUUUCUUCGAUACCGAAACCGAUCCAUCCACCUGGGAGCCAAAAGACAUCCGUAAUUUCAGUGUGGAAGAAAUCCAGUGGUUCGAAGAUCAUGGUAUGAAACCACACAAGGUACUUGCGGAACCCGGCGACUUGCUGGUAUGGGAUUCCCGUACUGUGCAUUGGGGUGGGGAACCCACCGUCAACAGCAACACCAUUCGAACGGUGAUUUAUGCCUCCUAUGCCCCUUUUGAAUUAGCCACGGACGAGACCUUGAAACUGAAGAGAGAAGCCUUUGAGUCGUAUCAAGCCACCACUCAUUGGCCCCAUGACAAUAUAGUGAAACGGGAUGGUGUGGUAUAUCUUCCGGAUGGUCAGGUUGAUCCUCGCAAUCGAUCUAAGCCAUUGGAAGUUCCAGAACGUACAGAUCGAUUACUUCAACUAGCCGGAGUAAAAUCCUAUCGGGUGCAGGAUAUCCCAGCCGAGAUAUUGCUUCGCUUGACCCAUCUGGAAACCUUGAUUGAGCAACAAAAGGACGCCAUUACCGAACUAUCGGCCCGAGUAGCCCAAGAUCAUCCGAGUCGGCCUACUGUCUAUUCGUCACAGCCCAAAUACGAUUGGGACCCAUCGCCGCAGCAUGUAUACGAUAAAUCAUUCAGCCUCUUUUCGCCGGAGAACCCAUACAGUCAUGAAUAUACUUUUACCAUUCCUCCCGAGCAUCAUACACCGACGGGAAGCUUGUUUGCAUUGGAUCGAAUCAAAAAUCUGAUUGGUGACUAUCCGGAAGACUUUUUCAAGCAGAUAGAGAAAAAGCGCCCAUUCAACAGCAUCCAGGUCGCAGACAUACCGCAGACCUUUGAACAAAUCGAUAGAUCUCUACUGCAUCCCCAGGUCACCAAACCUCUGAUCAACGAGUUUCUCACCCAUGUCCAUCCAUUCUUCCCAGUUCUCGAGCCACAACUGUUACAGAUGUUCUUUGAUACUUUCUCGACAUACAUCAAGGUCAACAGCAUCCAAACUUCCCUUUAUCUCAUCAUUUUAGCUCUGGGAAAGGCCUCGUCGAAUCCUCAACGGAUUUUCAAUAUCGAAGCGGAGAAGGAUCUGAGUGGGAUGGAGUAUUUCGCUUCCGCAUAUCACUACUUGAACAAGCCGUUGAUCACGCCCUUUGCAGGCGACCAUCUGUUGCCCUUGGCUUUAUUCUACGGCUCUUUGUAUCUGCGUCACAUAGGACGCCCAAUCCAAGCAUGGCAAAUGAUUCGCGAUGCGUCCUGUACUGUGCAGAUCUUGAUUCCCGAACUACGUGACAUGAAUACGCACGAAAAGCGAGCUAGCCUCUAUCGAACUGCCUGGGGUUGUUUUAUUCUCGAAUGUGACGAUCUUGCAGAGUUUCAUUUCCCUUCCAGUAACAUUGAACACCUCGUCGAGAGAUUGCCCUUUCCUCGAAUUUCGGAAGACAACCGAAACGGCCAUCUUGUUUUCCUUUCAAUGUGCUCGAUUCGAAAGCUUCUCAACCGUGUGCACAGUGCUCUAUACGCGAAAUCUGACCAGGAGGAUUUCCAUGCCAGCCCUCCGCCUCAACGCACAAGUGACACCCCAGGGACAAAUCCAACUGCCAAAAAGUAUCCGAUUACCACUCUCAAGACAAUCAGUGAGGAGCUAGAUCGUCAGUUGGAGGACUGGUUUAACUCUCUGCCAAAUCCCAUCCGGCCAACCUUGGGCAAUACAAAUUCCGCAGACCACCCUUGGGAUACUUACAUUCUCUCGCGGUACUAUGCCACAAGACACAUCAUCUGCCGCCCGAGUCUUGUUUUUGCUGCUCACACUCAGGGCGGUACGGUGUUGCCGGAGUUUGUUUACGCGAAUUGCAAGAAGUGCGUCGAUAGCUGUCGCAAACUUGUCUGGGCGGCAUCGCCUCUUAUGCGGCAGAGGACACACUCAAACUGGCACAGAAUGCAAUCAUUGUUGGCUGCCAUUUUCACUCUCUCGACCGCAAAAACCUCGCCGGCUCUGGAGGCACUUGUUCCGGACUUCGAUGACCUGGUGAAAGAAGUGAUUGAAUCCAUUGAACCGUGGGCACAGUAUUGCGAAACAGCGGAUACCGUCGUUAGUAUGAUGAAGACAAUUCGCCAGAAGAAUAUGCCUCCGCCACGACUAACAACCCAUAUUAAUUCCAUUCAUGGCGUUCGACUGGCAGGGGAGCCGUCUACCUGGGAUAUCCAGAUUGGAUACCCUGCAGACUCUCCACAGGGUACAGUCAUUUCUGUGACCCCUCAUGAAUGCUCUACUAAGAAUGGUUUCGACUCUCCUCUGGCCCUACCAGCCUUGGCACACCCUCACAUUCACCUCGAUAAAGCCUUUAUCCACAGUGCACCUGAAUAUGCUCCAUUUCUGCCUACAGUCGGCACGUUUCAGGAGGCUUUGUCCUCCACGACCAAAGCCAAGCAACAAUUCAGGCAUUCUGAUAUCAUUCGAAGAGGAGAAUGGCUUCUUGCUGAGUCUGUUGCAUCAGGUGUCACUGCAAUGCGAGCAUUUGUGGAGGUAGACCAUACAGUCCAGCUGAUUUGUUUAGAAGCUGCCGUUGUUUUGAAAAAUCAAUGGAAGGAUUCGUGCGAUAUCCAAAUCGUCUGUUUUGCGCAAGAUCCUAUAUUUUCCAGUGAAUAUGGAGAACAAAACAUGGACUUUCUGAAAAAUGCUCUUCACAAGUAUUCGCAAAUCGAUGUUAUUGGGACAACACCAUACGUCGAAUCCAGUCCCGAGGCUGCAAAGCAAAACAUCGAAUGGGCGAUUGAUCACGCCUUGAAAUUGAACAAACACGUCGACUUCCAUCUCGAUUACAACCUCGAUCCAAACAAAGAAGCCCUGGUUUGGCAUGUCGUACAGACCCUCAAACAACGAAACUGGACUACCCACUCAACAAACAAACGCGUCAUGCUUGGUCAUUGUACACGACUGACACUGCUCACGGAGAACGAAUGGGCCCGACUGGCAACUGAAAUCCACGAAAACGAACUCCCGGUCAGCUUUGUGGGCCUUCCAACAAGCGAUAUGUACAUGGCAUCAUCUCCCAGAACAAACGCGGACUGCAAAUCUCCGCAAGAUCGUCCGAGAGGCACGCUACAAGUUCUAGAGAUGAUCCGGAAAUACGAUUUGGACGCAGUGAUUGGAGUGAACAAUGUUGGCAAUUCAUUCACCCCAUGGGGAUUGCCCGAUCCGUUAUCAUUGGCUUGUCUUGGUGUGGGAAUCUACCAGGCUGGAAGUCAGGCGGAUGCGGAGCUACUCUAUGAAUGUGUCUCGACACGAGCCAGGGCGGCUAUUGGGCUCUCGCCUUCCCAUUCAGGUUUGUGUGUGAAACAGGGGUGCCGACCGGAUCUGUUAUUGGUUCAUCAUAGAGAUGACACUGGGUGUGGUGUGUCUCGGCCGAGGACGAACGUUGCGGAGGUUGUGUGGACUCCGCCGGGGAGAUUGAAUAGAGAUGUGGUUUUUGGUGGACGACUGAAGGUUUCGCCUCUUGCUGUUGCGGAGUCUGACGCUCUUUAUCAGUUUUGA